CAAUCGAUUCGUGUUCCAGCUCUAUCGCGAAACGGUCGCGUGUUCGCACGCAAAUUGCAAUUUAAAUCAACAGAAAUUGACAGCGAGCGCUGCAAAAGGGCGAAACACAAUCGCACGGCGAUUGAGGCCUGCGAUCUGCACAGGAAAUGCACAAUUGCGAAGCGCAAUUUGAUAAAUUCGCACUUGAAUGCUGACAAACUUCAAAGAGUUGGAGUUCCGGCAACAAGGAGACAAUAACUAAUAUUUCCCUGUGGAGCAGACAGAUCACAUCGGAUCUACAUAUAUAGAGACACGUCUAUAUAUUUGAUACACCAGGACGCAGAGGAUAUAGAAGAAAGGACAAAGCGAAGGAGUGACGCGCGCCCCCCUCGUUUCCCGCCCAGCCAACAGUCGUGUGAAACCGUCUUGAAUGGAUCCAUUUGUUGGCUGGUUUCAGAAGGAACAGGAGGGACCAUCGCUGUGCACAUGGUUAAAGAUUUGGGAGACGAAUGCCCAGGAGAUGGGUGCAUUGCUUAAUCAACAGCUACAGCAGGUGACGACGACCAACGGCAGCACGAGCAGCAGCAGCAACAGUGGUAACAACAACAACACUAGCAGCAAUUCGACCAAUAACAUUGGUAGCAAUUCAUCGGGCAAACCCUACUUAUCGCGACCCUACAGCUCGCUAAAUCGGGUGCCUAAUUUCCGAGCCGAUUCCCUGGAGAUCCUGCAGCAGCAACAACAACAGCAGCAGCAGCAGCUCAACGGAACCACUCAGCGCCACAGCACCAACAUCACCACCAGCGGCAGCAUCUCAAGCUCGUCGGCAGAUUCCACCACGAAUCGGGACAAUAACUCACCAGCCAACAGCAGUUCAACGAACGGACCAGGAGCAGGAACGGGAACCGCAACAGGAGCAGCAGGAACCGGCACCAAUAGUCCGGCUACCACAGCGUCAAGCACUGCUGCGACCACGACUGGUCCAGCCACUAGUAUGAGCGACACCAGCAACAACCCGCCACAGACAACGACCACGCCCGCCAGCCGCACGAACAGCAUCUACUACAAUCCGUCGCGGAAGAAACGGCCGGAGAACAAGGCUGGCGGUGCCCACUACUAUAUGAACAACCACAUGGAGAUGAUCGCCAAGUACAAGGGCGAACCGUGGCGCAAGCCCGACUAUCCGUAUGGCGAGGGCGUUAUCGGGCUGCACGAGGAGAUCGAGCAUUUCUAUCAGUACGUCCUGCCCACGCCCUGCGAGCACGCCAUCCGCAACGAGGUGGUCAAGCGCAUCGAGGCCGUUGUCCAUUCCAUCUGGCCACAGGCGGUGGUCGAGAUCUUUGGCUCCUUCCGCACCGGCCUCUUUUUGCCCACCUCCGACAUUGAUCUCGUUGUGCUAGGUUUGUGGGAGAAACUGCCGCUGAGAACGCUGGAGUUCGAGCUAGUGAGCCGUGGCAUCGCCGAAGCUUGUACGGUGCGAGUUCUGGACAAGGCAUCAGUGCCCAUCAUCAAGCUGACGGACCGGGAAACGCAGGUGAAGGUAGACAUAUCGUUCAACAUGCAGAGUGGUGUUCAGUCGGCGGAGCUAAUUAAGAAGUUUAAGCGCGACUAUCCAGUGCUGGGGAAGCUAGUGCUGGUGCUGAAGCAGUUCCUACUGCUCCGCGAUCUCAACGAGGUGUUCACGGGCGGCAUCUCCUCCUACUCGCUGAUCCUUAUGUGCAUCAGCUUCCUGCAGAUGCAUCCGCGCGGUAUCUACCACGACACAGCCAAUCUGGGGGUGCUCCUCCUCGAGUUCUUCGAGCUUUACGGUCGUCGCUUCAACUACAUGAAGAUCGGCAUCUCCAUAAAGAACGGUGGCCGUUACAUGCCCAAGGAUGAGCUGCAGCGUGACAUGGUCGAUGGACAUCGUCCCUCGCUCCUGUGCAUCGAGGAUCCGCUGACGCCGGGAAAUGAUAUCGGUCGAAGCAGCUACGGCGUCUUCCAAGUGCAACAGGCUUUCAAGUGCGCCUACCGCGUCCUCGCCCUUGCCGUCAGUCCGCUCAACCUCCUCGGCAUCGAUCCACGCGUCAACUCGAUACUGGGUCGAAUCAUCCACAUCACCGACGACGUCAUCGACUAUCGCGAAUGGAUCCGCGAGAACUUCGAACAUCUGGUGGUGGUGGACCGCAUCUCGCCGCUGCCCACUGCCGCUCCCACUGCGUACGCCACCGCCAAUGGUGCGCCGAAAUAUGUGAUUAUGCCCUCGGGCGCCGUUGUCCAGCAGCUGUACCAUCAUCCGGUGCAGGUGCCCACCGCUCACGGGCACAGCCAUGCGCACAGCCACAGUCACGGGCACGCGCAUCCUGGCGCCCAUCUGGGCCAGCCGUAUGUGACCGGGACCGCUGUAUCUGCUGCAACGACGACUACAACGAUGGCGGUGGUGGGCGUGGGCGUGUCAGCCGGCGGAGUCCAACAGCAGCAGCAGCAACAGAAUGCAACGGCCCAUUCCCACGUGCAGCAGCAGUCACAGAACCAAUCGCAGUCGCGCCAUAGACGCGGCAGCACCUCGUCAGGCGAUGAUUCCGAGGACAGCAAGGACGGCGAUGUGGUCGAGACAACGUCGGGUGCCCAGGAGGUCGUUGACAUCACGCUAUCGCCGCCAAAUGGCCUGGCCAACAUGUCUAUGCCCAUGCCAGUGCAUGCCGUCGGAAUGCCCGCGACGAGCAGUUGGAGCGGCAACGGCAAUGGCAAUGGCAAUGGCAAUGGGAACGGCAACGUUAGCGGAAACGGAAACAGCAGCUCAUCCACGGGCUCGUCGCCGGAAAACGCCCACAUCACUGCCCAGGAAAUGGACCCCGAGCUGGAGGAUCAGCAGCAACAGCAGCAGCACCAAGAGACUCCUGGAGGCAAUGGCUCCACCGGAUCGGGUGGCGGUGGCUCCGGUUCGGGUUCCGGCAGGGGAGGCAGUGACGGCAGUGGCGGACGCAAUUACAACCAGCGGAGCAACCACAACUCCAGCGGCUACUACCACCAGCAGUACUACGUGCCACCGCCGAUGCAACAGCAGCUGAGCAAGUCCAACUCCAACUCCUCUUCCAACUAUCACCAGCAGCACCAUCACAGUCACAGUCACAGCCACAGCCAUGGCAAUCACAGUCACCGGCAACAGCAUCACCACCAGCAGCAACACCACCAGCAGCGGCCGCAGCAGCUACGAAUGGGCGGCGGCAAUCGCUACCAGAAAUCGGUGGGUGGAUCGCCCACCAUCAGUGCCGGCAAUGCCUCGAACAGCAGCAGCAAUUGCAGCAACAGUAGCAGCAGCAGCGUCACCAACAGCAACAACAACCGACUGCCGCCGCUGCGGGGCACGCUGGUGAACUCGUCGUCAGCAAUAUCAAUCAUUUCCAUAUCCUCAGAGUCAUCCAUUGCCAGCAGCAGCUCCAGUUCGUCAAGAUCCGGUCAGGAUCAGCAGCAAAACGAGCGUGAUGAGCGAUAGGAAUAGGAUGUAGGAAGAUAUACUGUAUGUGAAAGCGCGAGAGAGAGAGAGAGAGAAAGAGAUAGUUACAAGUUAGCAAUAUUUAUGGAUUACAUUUCUUUCUCAGGUUAAUUGCAAACUAUGCUGCAUUUUUCUAAUUAAUAUAAUCCAACCCCACCCAUCCCAUCUACCCUGCUCCUUCGUAGUUCCAAAACAACUGACGAUUAGACUUUCUUUUACACUGCUGUAUCGCUUAAAUUAGGAGAGCGAUGGAAGCCUACUAAGCCUAGUGUUAGGAACUUUGCCUCUGAUUGCGCUAAAUGUAUUUCAUUUUGUUUCUAAAAUAAAAAUGAAAGCAAACAAGAAUAUAUAUAUACAUAGAGAUAUAUAUUAAAUAAAAUGAUAUAAGUAUAACUGUAAACUCAUAAGUAGAUUGUAAUGGUUUAAAAGAGCGAUAAACUGAAGUAUGAAAUUAUGCUACAUAUUUAAGGACCGCGAACAUACGUUUCUAAAUCUCUCCUCCCAUACCCCCAUUCCCCCCUUUUAUCCAUCAUCACGCGCAUUCAAAUUUGUAAAGUAUUUUGUAGUUUCUGCAAUGCUCUACAUAUUGUGCAAAUGUUUUUGUAAACUAAAAAUUCCCAAUCCUCCCUCAUUUCCCGCCAUACAAAAAAAAAUACAAAAAACGGAAAUCACGCGCGCAAUUGUUACGCUAAUAUUACUAAGUGAAUUUGCGCGCAAAAUGUAAAAAAAAAGCAACAUAACCGCAAUUGCAAAUGAAAAUUACCAUUAUCCAAAAACAGAAAUGCGCCAUGUCCCUUAUAACUCCCAAAAAGUCGUUUAAUUACUAUCCCGAGUUAGUUUUAUGCCUGAAAUGUAAAUGUUUUUAUGAUUACCACUAUUACUAUUAUGAUUAUGAAGCCUAUGAUUAGUUUUUAUUAUUAUUAUUAAGCGUAAAACUCGUGAGCCAACUUAAAUUGUUCGAACACAUUGCAUAAACCCAAAGCAAUUGUGUUUUAAAACAAAAACAAAACACAACAAAAAAAAAACAAAACAAAGAAACAACACAAAACGACAAAAAAAAAACCUACAACAAAAAACGCAUCUUUUGUUUAAACUUAUUUAUAUUUAAUUGACUAUUAUGAUUAUGCAAUGUUGUGCAUUUUGCAUAGAUUCCUGCCAUUUGUUUGUAUAGUUCACAAAGCUCUGUAAAUACUUAGUUACCGCCCCCUGUGACACACCGAUACGCCACGCCCCCUGCCCCUCCCACCACGCCCCCUCUAAACGCACUGCCAUUUUGAAAGAAAGGUUUUUAAAAAACACGUCGAAAAGGAGCUAGCAGAAGAGUAGAAAAGAACAUUUAGACUUUGUACAUGUAUAACAUUUUAGGCUGUUCUUCUUUCCAUUUGUAAGAAAAAACAAAGAAAGCAAAACAAAAAAACCAAACCAAAAGCAAACCCCCAACUAAUUGUAAAUUCACCUAAAUAGUCUACGAAUAUGUUUGUCAAUCGAGUCUUGAACAUAGAGCUCUGUAAUACUAGGCGGCAACAUUUCAAUUGUCAUUCUGAAAGUGCAACAUUUCUGAUUCCUAAAGAUCGUAAAUGACAAAACAAAAAAAAAACGGCUUUAAAAUGUACGUCAAAACAUGUUGCAAUAUUUUAUUAUGGACUUUUUUUUUUUGUUGUAUCGUGUGAUAGCAUAUUUUUUGUUUGUAUCAUUAAUGUAUUAGCUUACCGUGGAGUUUUGUAAAUUAACUUUAAUAUUUAACUUCCGUUCAAUAAUACUUUACUGUCUCAUUUGGCUUCCUUUUCGAACUUAUUUGUGAAAAGUUGCUACAUUAAGCUAGUUUGUGAAUUGUGAGCUAUGAGUUCACAGUAUUGAAUUUGAAAUAUCGACCUUGAGUGGUUCAAAACCUAAAGUUAGUUUUUUAUUUGCGAAUUGUUUGUGAAAGAGAAACGCUAAGCAUAAAUAGGAAAAGGAGAACGACCUCUUUUCAGUUACCAAAUAGUAUAAGUUUUCAGCUUGAACUUGGUUUUUUUUUUUCGUCAUUUAGGACCUUCAAUAUUUUGGAAAAUUCGAGUUUAGGUACAAUAUCUUUUUUUUUCUGUUGCCUAGUGUGAAUAAAGCGAUGUCCAGUGUUGGCAAAGGCCGAAGGUGCUCUCUCCCUUUCGCACGAUGACUCCUACAAGCUUGCAGCUUUGAAGCCCACCUUACACACCCACUUUCUCACUUGCAUCACAAACACACACACAAGCGCAUAAGCUCUCCCACAGAUAACCGAACAGAGAGCGACACUUAACGGUAAAGUUAGAAUAGAAAGUUGAAGAAGACGGGGCAAAGAGCCGUUAGUAAGAAUGAGAAAGCGGUUGCGAUAGAGCGAGAUAACGUAAAAACGAUAAGAGAGAGAGAGAGCGAGCGAGAGUAACAUAUAAGAAUUAUUAAAUUUAUGCACUCGUCUGUUGAAUAUUUAUAUGAAUUAUAUGUAUGUAGUUACUAAUAUUAACUAAUUGAUAAAUAUACAAUAUUUAUAUGCAUAACUUGUGGAUUAAUGUGGACAAACAAAUGUUUAGUAUUAGCGAUCUAGCCACGUAAGACUCGUAAAUGGUAAAUCGUAAAUCGACAACUACUUAGACUACAUAACUGUGUACCAGAGCAAUGUAAGCACUCCCACACACACCUCACACACACACAGACCACAGACACACACACACACAAAUACACCACUACACGCGCAUACUCGCUAUGAAUGUUGAGGUUAUGUCGUAGAUUUUUUCAAUAUCGAUCACUGUUCGCCUAGCCUAGCAAGUAAGCCGCAGAACUAACUGUAAAACUAACUCAUUUCCCCACUGGAUUCCAUGCGUUCCAAAUCGUUUCCUCCUUGCCCAUGGCCCAUUGUCCUUCGUUUCCGUUUCCGUUUGCGUUCCAUUCACAGUUCCCAGCUUCCAUAUUACGCAUACGUACCGUGUGCCGUUGUUGUUAUAUACACACAUGCAUAUACUCGAGACACACACAUUUUUUUGUCGUCGCGAUAUUAGUGGGUAUUAAUAAAUUAAAUUAAAUUUAAUUAACUACAUUUAACGCAACUAAAUUCAAUUCAAGUGAAUCAAAUGAAUCGAUCGAUACAUGUAUAUGAUAGAGUUCAAUAGCUGUGUAAGAAUCGGAAUCGUAACAAUUUAGUAUGCAAAAAUCGUAAAUCUAACUGAUUGUAUAAUUAGCGAAAAGAGAAAAACGGAAGCGAUAAGCAAAACGAUGCGACAAAUAAAAGCCGGCAAAAACUA